GCAUGUGGCUCGGCAACGCAAUUCAUAAAGUAUAUUAUUAUAUAUGCAUAUAUCCCCUUURGCAUAUUUUAAUGUGACGUCAUAAUGAACUAGGUCAAUUUCAUGGUAUUUAUAGCAAUUUCCCUUAAAGGCAGUACACGACCGUAAACACUAUUGCGACCUUUAACGUACAAACUAUUGUCCUGCACUGGACUAGUUGACCUGAUGUUGUGCAAACAUUCAUAAAGACGGAAGUCUAACGUGUAUGUUCCGUACUGUGUGAWUUACAGGCAAAUGCAACAUAACAUUCAAAUAGAUUCUUUAAUUGCRUGAAUCAUAUAUUGUCUUAAACUUUUUAAAGUUUUGAAAAGUUGUAAGAUUGUGCGAAAACGUAUUUUCUUCUGUAACAAAGGAACUAUUAUUUUCAAAUAAUCUCUCAACUCUAGACAGAUUUUUAUCUUAAAACUAUGCGUUUGGUAACGUAAGGCAUAUGCAUUAAAUGAUAGACUCCCAAAUUCUCCUUGUGCUAAAAAACAAAUCAUAUUUCUCGAUUAAGGRGAAUUUAACUUUGGAUCAAUUUGCCUUGAUCAGAUAUCAAAUUCUUACUUUUGUUUUGGGGAAAACGUUUAACUAAAGUUCGAAGAAAACACGAUUUGAUCAAAUAUGUUAAAGCCAAGACAGUCACUAUGUAAGGGCGUUACUACGAGGUACUGUUUCAGUUGCUACAAGUCRUCGUGACGAGUGGAUCAGGCAAAAAUGAAGUUCUCGCAAGUCGUGUUGUUGUUUUUAUCGGUUCUCGUCGCUACUGAAGGUGUGCAGCAUGGAACUCUUCGCAUCGGACAAACAAACCCYGAWAAUUACUACAGCGAUACUAUCACCUUCCCAACAGCCUUCACGGGCGUUGAUCCUGUCAAAGUCUUUACGUCARUUGGYUUUGGCACGAGCUCAUCACGUGUACAUGAYGUAGUGUUCACGUGGGUUGAGUCUGUCACUACAAGUAGUUUUAAAGUCUGUCURGUWGAGAAUGGSGYUGGAUCAAGUGGUAAUGUGACUAUUAAUUGGAUGGCUUACCAAGGCGUGCAGUCUGGUGUGACGGACGGCUCUGUGAGGUUCAACGAGUGGACGACGGGAACGGAAUGCAAACAAGUUCGUCUUUCCCAGUCUUUUCCAAGUGUUCCUCAUGUCUUCGCUACUGCACAUCACAAUGUGUUGGACAACAARCAUGAUGCAGCUACAGUUUGGGUGGAAGRAAUCACCACAAACGAUUUYAUUGUUUGUAUGAGAGAAGCAAGAACCUUUGAUGGMCGCCAUAAGGACAUCGAUGUGACUUGGAUGGCAAUGACGGARGUUCCCCAGACRUGGAAUUAUCAUGACUUUAUCAGGGUAGACUUUCCAAACACUCUUGUACCAAGCGARGMUGACAAUGAUGCGUUUUGCCAGGUCGUGAGCUUCAGCGAGCCGUACUAUGCUCCACCAACAAUCGUUGCUGCACCGAGUCAUCAMUAUGACAGCAGUAAUGUCAAUGCCAUUCGUCCUGAAGACAACUCMAUUGCUGCCUGGGUUGAGGAAACUACACGAACACAAUUUAAAACAUGUGUUAAGGACCUUGUAGGGCUGAAGAGCAAACAUCAUCCUAUCGAGGUGGACUAUAUGGUGUUUGGAGAUCUUGAUCCAUGCAUCAACAAGACCUGUGAAUAUUUUGGUGUUUGUCAAGCCAUGUCAGCAAGUGUUCACCAGUGUGUGUGCGUUACCCAGUGUCCAUCAUACGAGGAUCUUGUUUGUGCCUCUAAUGGUCAGACGUUUGAUAACAUGUGUGCUCUGGAAAGAGAAAUCUGUCAAACUCGGGAAAACUUUUCGUACUACCAUCCAGGUGGCUGUCAAGGUUUUCCUUUCGACAAAGGAACACAUCAUCUUAGCCAUGUUUCAGCCGAGUCCCAUUGUGAAGUUGUCUCUCUCCAGCCCUACGCAUUCUAUCCCGACAAACCCAUCCAUGUCCAAUUAACUGUCAACUACAUCAAUGCGUCACUUCCGGCUAAUGUCCAUGACGCAACAGUCACGUGGUCKGAAAAGGUGAAUCCAGACAACUUCACUGUGUGUAUGACCAAAACUGGAAGAAAUGAUCAGCCUACCAAUGACGUGGCAUCAGUUGAUUGGAUAGCKUAUCAGGGUUCACCAAACGGAGGGGUGACUGGGAAGGAGCGUAUUACACAAUGGUGGACUGGUACCAARUGUACGACGUUAUCAUUACCGAGUGGUAAAUUCACGGGUACCCCCACGGUACUAGUCACUCUCGAGCACCAGAGAGAUGGACUCAAACACGAUGCUGCCAGUGUCUGGGUCGAGGACAUCACCUCUUCAUCAUUUCAAGUUUGUAUUAGAGAGCUGCAAAACUUUGAUGGAGUUCAUGAUGAGAUUGACUUGGAUUGGAUGGCUUUUGAAACACUUCAUCUCCCACUAUUUCCUGAGCAUGGCAGUGUUCACUUCGCCAAUACACAAACCCCUCUAGAAUCUARCAACUAUGCAUUYUGCGAGGUAGUCAAUUUGGCAAAAAACUACACAAGACGACCUUCAGUGUUGAUAACAGCUACUCAUGAUACAAGUGUUGGCCUUACUAGUCCUACGUGCAACGGGAUAUCUGCAUGGAUUGAGAAUAUUACAAUGGAAACAUUCCGUGUUUGUCUUAAAGAGCUGUACUCGGGCCGUUAUGAUCCUGUCACACUGCAGUACGUUGUUGUAACAGAUAUGUGUGGAAAAGACUGGAACUAUUUUAAUGGCUUCUGCUACAGGACCGUCUCUACCUGUACCUCGUGGAAUGAAUCGGAAUYCAACUGYCUUGAUGACAAUUCCAAUCURRCCAGUGUAACCAGCCAAGAAGAAAACACGUACAUUCAGCUUCGUCACGGCGGUGAUACAGGAUGGAUAGGACUACAAGACAUUGACAGUGAAGGAAACUUUACCUGGAUUGAUGGUACCAAUGUUGACUUUACGUACUGGGCGCCGAACCAACCMAAUGGUUACCCUGGAGACCAGGAUUGUGUACAUACUCUUGGAGUACGUCAUGACUAUCAUUGGAAUGACGUCACAUGUGGAUCUUGCCACGGUUACACGUGCAAACGAGAUGUGGAUGAAUGUUCUUCUGGCGCUCACACAUGCAAUGUUAAUGCACAAUGCACAAAUACAGUUGGGUCAYAUACCUGCCAAUGUAACCCAGGCUAUCGAGGUGAUGGACACUCAUGUACAGCUACUAUUCGGCUGGUUGGAUCAUCUAACAACUACGAGGGACGCCUUGAGGUCUUUCACAACGGCCAKUGGGGUACAGUCUGCGAUGAUAGCUGGGACAUCAACGGUGGUAUGGUCGCCUGUUGGCAGCUCGGGUUCAGUGGUGUCCAGUCCUACAUCACCCAUACCUUUGGCGAGGGAGCUGACCCUAUUUGGCUCGAURAWGUCAUGUGCAUCGGUAACGAAACAAGCAUACAGGACUGUAGCCACAAUGGGUGGGGAAAUCAUGAUUGUACUCACCCUGAAGAUCUAGGAAUUAUAUGUAACCCAUGAGGAGAAAUUUACAAAGCAAGACUGAGUUUCCCUUGUGUGUCAUUUACCGAAUCAGUAGCAUCAAUCUUAUUUGUUUUGUUUGCUUGAGAAAUUCUGAUCUUCGCAUCAUAUCAUUCUUUAGUGAGACAUGUUUCUUGUAGUUUUAUGAGGGUGUUGUAGUUCCCGCUUCAGAGGAACACUAGACGAAUAGCUGAGUAAACUCACACUUUUCUCUUUCGGAGUUUUAUUUUUGUAGUAUGAAGUUUAUGUUUAGCUGAUAGCACAUUUAAAAUAGAUGGCGAAUAUGUGCAUUAAAAAUUACUGUUUGGCAAA